AUGGAGCCAGGGACGUCGCGUGAAAUCCCGAACGGCUCGGGGUUCCCUGAACCGACCGGUCCUCGGGAGGAGACCCCGGGGGAAGAGGCGAGAGGCGGCAUGUGAGGCGGAGAGGAGCGGAGGGUAGAGCCUGCGGAGGAGAUUGAAGCGGACUGUGAGAACGAACCGGAGCACCAGAGAAACACCGGAGGGGAGGAGGAAUUGGACCGAGAAUUCAGGCAUGUUACACCACCAGUUGAUGAGAUCAACAAGCUGGAGCUGCAGCUGGAUGAGGCCAGGUCCAGCUACAGGAGGAUCCUCACUGAUUCUGCCAGGAGGCUCAAUGCUCAGGGCUCCCAGCUCGGUGCCUGUAUCGAGAAAGCACGGCCCUACUAUGAAGCCCGCAGACUGGCCAAAGAGGCUCAGCAGGAGACGCAGAAAGCCGCUCUGAGGUAUGAGCGGGGCGUGUCCAUGCACACUGCAGCCAGAGAGAUGGUGUAUGUGGCGGAGCAGGGUCUGCAGGCGGACAGGAACACGCUGGACCCCACCUGGCAGGAGAUGCUAAACCACGCCACCGCUAAGGUGAACGAGGCGGAGGAGGAGCGGCUCCGCAGCGAGCGGGAGCACCAGCGCGUCACGCAGCUCUGCCAGGAUGCCGAGGCCCGGGUCCAGACUCUGCAGAAAGCCCUGAAGAAGGUCAUCGUCAAAUCCAAGCCUUACUUUGAACUCAAGGCUCAGUUCAACCACAUUUUGGAGGAACACAAGGCCAGAGUAGUAGAGCUGGAGCAGCGCGUGGCGAAAGUGAAGUCCCGUUACUCUGUGGCCCUGCGGAACCUGGAGCAGAUCAGCGAGCAGAUCCACGCUCAGAGGGGCCGGCUGGCGGGGUGCGGGGGCCGCAGCUCUCCUGUGGGGGCCGAGGCCGAGGUCAGGGCUGUGGGGGGAAUGGAGAGCAGCUGGGCAGACGGGGAGAAAACCCGUCUGUGGGUGGAGAGGCACAGAGAGAGUGGCUGGGGCCAGAGGGAGCGGCAAGGGGGGGGGCGCCCACCCUCAGAAUGCAUGUCCGUCAUCAGCCUGCAGACCAUCGCCUCGGACCUGGAGAAGUGUGACUCUGUGGAGCACCUGGGGGACAUGAGUGACGCCGGGAGCGUGCCGGGGGGGGAGUGGGAGCGAGACAGGAAGCGUAAUGAGGAACCGGUCAGCGGGGGGGCAGAGACAGGGGGGGCAGAGACAGGGGGGCCACAGCAGGAGAAGGAGGCCGUGGGCAAAGUGAAGCAGGACAGCCUCAUCAAGCAGCACAGCAGGAGCAUCAGUGUAUGAUGAGAGGAGGGGGCAUCAUGACGAGCUCAUAGUGAGGAUCAGAGAGGACAUUAGAGGGUGGAGACAGCACCCAUACAUCUCUACCCACCCCCCCACCCUCACACUGAUCCAGUCUGUUGCUCCUCAUACAGAAAUGUGAACAAAAGUGCAUGAAACAAACAGCAGGCUGAGGACAACUACUAAUCGUUGUAGAAACACUGACAUGCUUAAUACAUGCGUUUGGUCCCUACAGUGCAUUUAAAAAAGGCUGCUCUAUGUUUCAGCUGGUUUUUACUUUAGGGAUGGAUAAAUGUGCCUCUUGUUUGAACGGUAAAUCCAGUGUGUCAUAACUAGAUGUUUUGUUGUAGCUUUGGUCAUCAUUUCUAUCAGUUUUAAAAAACUGUAAUGACACCUGGGAACAUGAAAACACGAACAAUCAGAUGGGAUGUAAUGAAGGUUACCUAAACCCCCUAACUGGUGAUCAAAGGGUUGAUAUCACCUGAAAUAACUACUGGCGACUGGCAACUCUCCAUAUAUUUUUGUAGAUUACAUUACAAUACAAUACAUGUCAUGUCAUCUAGUUGAGGCUUUUAUCAAAGUGACAUUUCAACAUGCACUUCAAUACCAUAUACCUAUACACUCAUUGGCUUAGCAUAUCCCAGCUACCUUGACCAUUUGUUCUUAUAGUGCGUCUGACACAUACCUCUGCAGUGUGGUGUGAGCAGGGGGGGGUGGGUGGGUUCCUAAAUGGGUUUUGAUUCCCAACUGUCACCUAAUUCACCUUCAGUUUGCAGGUCUGCAUGCUACUUUCACCUGUAUUCUCUUCCAAAGAUGUUGGGGGGGGGGGGGGCUUUGUUUCCCUACUGUCUGCUCGUGUUUCUUAAUCUGUCUCGGCAAUCAAAUUCGGGAGUAAUGUUGAUCACAACUAUAUCAAAAACAGAAGGAAUACAAUAAGUUACUAUAAAGCAUCAUCUGGAUAACCCUACAAAUGGAAUACAAACAUAAAGCCUUAUCUUCUAUUAAUAGAUAAGUAUUUGUAUUUAAAAUAAUAUGGCCAAAUACGACAUUUGCAUUGCCGUAUUGAGCAGCCUCCGCUGUAUAUAUUGACUAGAUAUUUACUGAUGAGGUCAUAAACACAGUGCAGUAUGUUGGGAGUAUUGUCGGGCUUCACAGAUAUUAAUUAUAAGUGAUUAUUUUAACAGAUUAAUUCAUACUGACUGGUUUUAAUUUGGCCUUAAAAUAUAGUUUUUUUUGUUGGUCAUAUUGAUCUGGUUUGGUCCGAGCAAACUGCUUAAUAUUUUACUUUACGAUGUAACUGACACGCUUUCCAUUUAUGAAGCAUGUUUGUAAGAUAUUUGCAUGAAACAUCUAUAAAUCAAUGUACUGUUACACAUUGCAUUGGAAGUGUGUGUCAAUCUGAAUACAAAACUAUGUAGAUAAUGAACACACAACCAUUCUUAGUGACAGGGGAUUAUGCACUAAUGGAAACAUAGUUAGAAUUAUAAAAUACUGUUUCUGUCAUCUUCAAUUCUUCACUCUGGAACUUUGAAAUAGCUAUUUCCUUUUUGAGAUUCCAAUUCUAUCACUUCAUUAUAAGAGUGAUACAACUUUCUAACAUCAAUUUCUUCCAGUUUACUGCCAUGGAACUGGAGGCCUUACCUCUCAAAGUAUUCUAUGUAUUCUAGGUAUCUAAGAGACUAGGUGUUGCACAGAUAGCCAUAGGUUGUGUCUAAUAGCAAAUGAUAAGUUGGUGAUUUAUUUGAUUGAAAGUGCCUAUGAGUCCUUAUAUGGUUCAAACAUGCCAAACAUGAUUUAGCUAAUAAUGAAUCCUAGAGUUGGAUGAUGACGAGUUAUUCGUUUAGUGAAACUAGUUAACAGAUGAAUUCAACUGUAGUGGUCUGUAAUUAUUUUUAUUAAAAGUUGUA